AUGGCCACCAGCCUCUCCGCGAGGAGCCUCAGCACCUCCUUUGUCGGCGGAAAGAGCCUUCGCUCGGCUGCGAAGCUGCCGUCAGUCGUGAGCGCCGCUAGGUUGGUCGCGGAGGCCAGGCAGGAGAAGGCCGUCAGCAGCUCGUCCGUCGCGUCCGCCGCGUCGUCCGUCGUCGAGGGUAUCUUCGGCGAGAAGGCGACGAGGCAGAUGCACCACGCUGCGAUCAUUGCGAUGAAUGCGAUGAUCGCCAUGCCAGCGUUCGCCGAGGAGGAGAAGGGAAAGAUCUUCGACUUCAACCUGACCCUCCCCAUCAUCGUCGUCCAGUUCCUCCUCCUUAUGGUUGCCCUCGAUAACAUCUGGUUCAAGCCGGUUUCCACGGUCAUGGAUUCCCGCGACGAGGAGAUCAGGAAGAAGCUCAUCGGCGUGAGGGACAACUCGGGCGAGAUCAAGGACCUGCAGAGCCAGGCCGAGGCGCUCAUCAAGGCGGCUCGCGCGGAGGCGUCGGGGCAAAUGAACGCGAUGAAGAAGGAGGUGGCGGCGGAGCUGGACGCGAAGCUGCAGGCGUACCGGGCGCGCAUCGAGAAGGAGCUCGAGUCGUCGCUCGCCAACCUCGAGACGCAGAAGGUGGCGACGCUCAAGAGCCUCGACUCGCAGGUGUCUGCACUCAGUGACGAGAUCGUGAACAAGGCAUGGCACGCCGGGCUGUGGGAACAGCAGAUUGCUGUCAGCACAGGCGGCUCUGCACAGGCAUCCCUGCUUCCGAGAUCUUAA